AUUCCAUCAAAAUGGAGAGCGGAUAAGAUAUUUCCAUGGUUUACCCAUUUCCAUUUUCCGUAGGUAGCUUGUUCAUGUCUUCAACCUUUAAUGCUUCAUAUUUCUUCUGCUAACAUCAAUCACAAUCACAAAUUCACAAUGUACACAAAUGUUUCCAAAGCCCAUGCAUUUCCUCUCGCCGCCAAAUUUUCUUCGCAACCCAGAUGCUUCAAUUCACCCAUCGCCUUAAAACCACGAUCUUUACCUCAUCACUAUAAUCAAAAACCCUCCCAAAACCCUAGCUUGAAGAAGGUAGUCAACCCCCGUGGCUUGAUGCUAAAAUUUGCCAGAAGAUAUUGUAAAGCCAGAAGCUUCUCAAGCUCUUAUGCUGGAAAAAUGGAUGGAGGGACUAGUUCUAAUGGUGCUGGAAAACAACUUCCUUGGUUAGCAGCCAAUGAAACCAAAGCGUUGGAGAGAGCGAAACCGAAUAAGAUUAGUAGCUCUAUUCAGGAAGGUUCAGGAAAGAAGGUGAAUACCAAGUCCUCUUGGGAGCAAUCGGUUGAGAGGUUAGAGAAAUCACUAGUUCAUGAUCAUGAAGGUUUUUCUAAGCCAGGACCAUCAUUAGCAAGUAAAGAAAGGAAUAGUGGAUUGGCUGAGAAAGUGAGAGUUCAGAGGACUGUGAGAAGUGAUUAUGGAACCAGGUAUGGGAAGUUUGAUAAUCAUGAUGAUGGUGAAGUAGGUGAUGGUGAAAUAGAGGAAGCCAUUGAUGAUCCAAGGUGGGAUAACAUAAAGAACAGGUACAGGGGGAUGGGGGAAGCAAAAGUUGGAUCAGAAAGGCCUGAGUUUAGAAGAUGGAAUAAGCAGGAAAAUUGGGGUAGAAAGACUUGGAAAGAGGCCACAGAAUCCACUGUGCCUAAGAUUGUUGGUGAGGGAAUCUAUGGGGUUGGACCGGUUUUGGCUGCACUGUCAGCUGAACGUAGGGAAUUCUAUGCAUUGUACGUGCAAGAAGGUUUGGAUUUGAGUAGUAACAAUAGGAAGAAAAAGGACAAGAAAGGAUUUGAGAAAGUUCUGAAGAUUGCGGAAAAGGUUGGUUUAACUAUAAAAGAUACAUCAAAACAUGAUCUAAAUAUGGUAGCUGAUAACCGUCCUCAUCAGGGUUUGGUAUUAGAUGCUUCACCACUGGAGAUGGUAAAAAUAAUGCAAUUGGAUCCUGUUUCUGUUGAUGAAGGGAAGGGUUCUCUCUGGGUAGCCUUGGAUGAAGUUACCGAUCCUCAAAAUUUAGGGGCAAUAAUUAGGUCUUCAUACUUUUUUGGAGCUUCUGGGAUAGUGUUAUGUGCGAAGAAUUCAGCUCCAUUGAGUGGUGUUGUCAGCAAAGCAAGUGCAGGCUCACUUGAAUUAAUGGAACUUAGAUAUUGCAAGAAUAUGAUGCAAUUCUUGGUGUCUUCAGCUGAAAAUGGUUGGCGAGUUCUUGGGGGAUCUGUCUCCUCUAGAGCUAUUCCUUUGGAUGAGGUUGAGCCUGGUCCACCAACUAUUCUUGUUUUGGGCAGUGAGGGUACUGGUUUGAGGCCUCUGGUAGAGAGAUCAUGUACUCAGUUAGUUAGGAUUCCUGGGAACAUUCCUUCUGAUUUAGAUAAUAGUGAAGUCAACGAUGUGAACCAUGAGAGCUCUGGUAGAGAGUUCCUGUCAUUUUUGGCCGUGGAAAGCUUAAAUGUGAGUGUUGCCGCAGGCGUUCUUCUUCAUCACUUAAUUGGGAAAAAUUCGGCUGGUUCUUUGCCAGACGGGUAUACACAGACCAACUCAUCUGAGUGAGAUUGCAGGGGGAUAGUUUCAACUUUCAUUAAAGUUGACAGGCUGCAAUCAAUAAAAGCGAAUUGAAGCUGUGUAAUGGUAAAAUUGAUAGCCGAGACUUCAAAUAUUUUAGGAGACACUUGGAUUGAUUAAUUCCAGGGAGUGAUUAUGGUAAACGUAACUGCAGCAUUACAAGUCAUCAUUUGCGAUGCUUAAGCAGGUACACUUGGUAAGCAUGAUUCUUGAAUGCCCUCCAAUGCAGCUCUUACUUACUCUUCCGCUGUUUGCAAUUGGGCUGCUGUUGCUGUCUCCAGUACUAUGCAGAUGAGUCGGACAAAAUUGGAAAGAUACAAAGACGAUUCGCAUAUUGUCUUAACAAAAUUGGAACGAUACAGAGACGAUUAACAUGGCUCUUUGCAUACGGGUAUGGGGGAACUAAGAUGAUACAGACCUUUUGCACUUGCAAUUGCCAUCAUCAUUCAAUAAUAGACAGACAGAUAGACCAUCAACACAUCCCCCCAAGGGUAGUGCCAUUUUUCUUUCCAUAAAGUGCUUGCUUCUUGUGUCCAUAGUUGAUAGUUUACAGUUACAAUGACUCAAUAAAUAAAGGGACUAUUCAAGUGAAGCAAGUUUUUUCACAACAUGAGAGGAUGUUAGUCAAUAGCAUAAAUAUCAUGGUUCAUUGAUUCAUGGUUAGCUUGCAUUGCAUAAAAUAAUAUGAAUGAAGGGAAAUGGGAAAUGGAAAAUGGGCCACAUUAGCAGGGUGAGCGGUAUUCCAUUAGAAUUUGAACAUCAAAAUCAAUAAUAGCUGGCAUUGGCAAUAUCAUGUGAUUAAGUAAGGUGGGGGCACAGUUACACUUGGAUCCCAAGUUGCGUUUCUGGAAAUCGUUUGUUCCAUUCCAAAUUUCCAAUGCAUCAUUUUCAUCAGAGACGAAUACCGAAUAUACGCCUUAUGUGAUUGUGAUGCCAUGGUCAUGGUCCCAUUUAGUUUUCAUUAGUGUGGUAUUAUAGUAGGUGAUCCUUUUCUUAUGUUAUAAUAAUAUUAAAACCAGCAUGAUUUUCAA